CUCCUUUUCAAAGUCUUCUAAAGUCAUUUUCGAGAAACGCUUGAUCGUUGGUGAUAGUAGGAAGGGCGGGUUUCGAGGAGGAAGCAGCUUUGUUGCGCACUUGGACGCACGUCACUCAGGCUGCGAUCUCCAAAAUUUCUCCGACCAAACUGCAAAGAAAGGUCGUGACUUGUAGACUGCGACCUCGUUACUUUAUUUCCAUCACCUUGAACUAGGUCGGCAGCUUCAAGUAUCCCAGAAUCCAGGCAACGAUAACCUCGAGCAUCAUGGCGACCUCUCCCGUCGCCGUCGUCUGUGUCGGCAUGGCCGGGUCGGGCAAAACCACCUUCAUGCAGAGAAUCAACAACUACCUACAUGUCAAUAAGAAGAAGCCAUACGUUUUGAAUCUGGACCCGGCGGUCCUUAAUGUCCCUUUUCAAGCAAAUAUAGAUAUCCGAGACAGCAUAAACUACAAGGAAGUCAUGAAACAAUAUAACCUUGGACCGAACGGCGGCAUCCUAACCUCGUUGAACCUGUUCGCGACCAAGAUCGAUCAGGUCAUGGGCCUACUAGAAAGACGGGCAAAUCCACCCCCUGACAGUACAGUUGCGCCUCCAAAGCAUAUCCUGGUUGAUACACCCGGACAGAUCGAGGUAUUCGUCUGGUCAGCCUCCGGUAGUAUCCUGCUGGAGUCGCUUGCAUCCUCCUUCCCUACCGUCAUUGCAUAUAUCAUCGACACUCCGCGAACGGCGUCUACAUCGACGUUCAUGUCUAACAUGCUUUACGCCUGCUCAAUCUUGUACAAGACGAAACUUCCCAUGAUUUUGGUCUUCAACAAGACUGACGUCCAAGAUGCCGAGUUUGCACGAGAGUGGAUGACGGAUUUUGAAAAGUUCCAGGAAGCACUUCACGAGGAAGAGAGCAAGGGUGUCUUUGGUGGCGAAGGUUUCGGUGGCAGUGGCUAUAUGAGCAGCUUGCUGAACAGUAUGAGUCUAGUCCUGGAGGAAUUCUACUCUCAUCUGAACAUGGUCGGAGUGUCGAGCAUGACGGGCGAGGGAAUCGACGAUUUCUUUGACGCAGUUGAAGAGAAGCGUAAAGAGUUCGAAAAGGACUACAGACCUGAACUGGAGAAGAGAAGGAAACAACGGGAGGAAGAGGCAGCAAGCAAACGAGAACAGGAUUUGACGAGGGUGAUGAAGGACAUGAGUAUGGAUGCCACAGCAAGCACAUCUGAGAAGCGAUCGGGAAAGGAUGAUGCAGAGAGUGGUGAAGAUGAUGAGGAUGAUCUUGAUCCUGACGACUACCCUGAUGCAGACAGGGAGGAAGACGAGGAGGGCUUAAAACAAAGAUACAAGAAUGCUUUACGGGAGCAAGGCAUUCAAGUCGCUGACGAUGACCCAGCAUUAGCUGAGAUGCUGGCACGGAGACGUGCGGGAUGAUCAGAAUGGAAGAGAUGUGUGUUGAUUUAGAUUUCUAAGCAUGAGAUACCCAGCGAUGGAGUUACGGACAAUCGGGUUCCCCAGGUUGGAUCAGUGAAGCCGUAGGGUGUGCGGACGUAGUGAUGCAUCAAUAAUCGUGUCAUUGCUUGUAACAAGUUUUGACCAUUCUUGAAC